GUUAGUAGUUUUACUGCCAUCGUCUUCCUUCCUCUUCCACUCCGGACAUCAACAAUUCCUUUCUAUUCCUUCUCAUACACUUUGUGAGCUACACACAAACACCCACAAAAGAAACAAUAAUACCUUUCACAAUGUCGCAGCUCGCCCAUAACCUGACGCUCUCCAUCUUUGAGCCGUUGGCGAACUACCGCGCCAACCGCAUCAUCUGCACCAUCGGCCCCAGUACGCAGAGUGUCGAGGCACUGAAGGCUUUGAUCCAGAGCGGCAUGUCCGUGGCACGCAUGAACUUCUCGCACGGCUCGCACGAGUACCACCAGACAACCAUCAACAACGUGCGCCAGGCCGCCGCGGAGCUGGGCGUGCACGUGGCGAUCGCGCUGGACACGAAGGGGCCGGAGAUCCGCACGGGCCUGUUCGUGGGCGGGGAGGCGGUGAUGGAGCAGGGCGCGGUGUGCUACGUGACGACGGACCCGGCGUUCGCGGACAAGGGCACGAAGGACAAGUUCUACAUCGACUACCCGAACCUGCCGAAGGUGGUGCGUCCCGGCGGCUACAUCUACAUCGACGACGGCAUCCUGAUCCUGCACGUGCUGAGCCACGAGGACGACCUGACGCUGAAGUGCACGGUGGCGAACGCGCACACGAUCGCCGACCGGCGCGGCGUGAACCUGCCCGGGUGCAACGUGGACCUGCCGGCUGUGUCGGAGAAGGACCGCGGCGAUCUGCAGUUCGGCGUGGAGCAGGGCGUGGACAUGAUCUUCGCGUCCUUCAUCCGCAGCGCGGACCAGGUGGAGGAGGUGCGCAAGGCACUUGGGCCGAACGGCCGCGACAUCAUGAUCAUCUGCAAGAUCGAGAACCACCAGGGUGUGCAGGACAUCGACGCGAUCAUCCACCAGAGCGACGGCAUCAUGGUGGCGCGUGGCGACCUUGGCGUGGAGAUCCCGGCGGAGAAGGUGGUUGUGGCGCAGAAGAUCCUGAUCAGCAAGUGCAACGUUGCGGGCAAGCCUGUGAUCUGCGCGACGCAGAUGCUGGAGAGCAUGACGUUCAACCCGCGGCCGACGCGUGCGGAGGUGUCGGACGUGGCCAAUGCGGUGUUCAACGGUGCGGACUGCGUGAUGCUGUCGGGCGAGACGGCGAAGGGCAAGUACCCGAAUGAGGUGGUGCAGUACAUGGCGCGCAUCUGCCUCGAGGCGCAGAGCGCCAUGAACGAGUACGUGUUCUUCAACAGCAUCAAGAAGCUGCAGACGAUCCCGAUGAGCGCGGAGGAGGCCGUUUGCAGCAGUGCCGUGAACUCCGUGUACGAGACGAAGGCGAAGGUGAUGGUGGUGCUGAGCAACACCGGCCGCAGCGCUCGUCUGGUGGCGAAGUACCGGCCGAACUGCCCGAUUGUGUGCGUAACGACGCGCCUGCAGACGUGCCGCCAGCUGAACGUCACGCAGAGCGUGGAGAGCGUCUUCUUCGACGCCGACAAGCUCGGCCACGAUGAGGGCAAGGAAGACCGUGUUUCGUUGGGUGUAGCGUACGCGAAGUCGAAGGGCUACGUCCAGCCCGGUGACUUCUGUGUGGCCAUCCACGCUGACCACAGGGUGAAGGGUUAUGCCAACCAGACACGUAUUCUUCUCGUAGACUAA